AUGGCCAUGCCGCAGAAAUCACGAUGGAGUGUUUCUGUUCCGGAGGUGGACAUCCCCACCUAUCUCUUCGGCUCCCCUACAGCUCCACUAGGCGACGCUCUCGCCUUUGCUGAUGCCGAAGACCCAGAGGCGCUGCGCAUGACCUGGACUGAGCUACGUCUCUGGUCCCAGCGUUUAGCUGCAGGAUUACAAGCCGCAGGAUUAAGAGAAGGUGAUCGAGUCGUCAUCCUCAGUGGCAACGAUGUUUUAUUCCCUGUCAUCAGCAUUGGCGUUAUCAUGGCUAGCGGCAUAUACCAGUCCGCGAAUCCGCACUGCAAUGCCCGCGAGUUGGCAUACCAGCUAAGCCUCACCACGCCUCGGUUCAUGCUGGUCAGCGAAGUAACUCUAGCCUGCGCUCUGGAUGCCGCCACAAUGGUAGGCAUGGGGUGGGAACGUGUUUUCGUGUUUAACGACGCUCCACUUAUCAAGGAUGGCGGUGGUGAUGAUAAUUCUAAAACUGGAGUGAAGCACUGGAAGCAUUUACUAGCGCCGAAAGAGACAGAUUUCGUGAUGAGCCUCGAUCCUAACCUCCGCACGAAAGAGCUGGCGGCCAAUAAUUCCAGGUGGCUAUGCACCAUUCCACUCUACCACGGCCUAGCCCUAUGCUAUUUCUGCACCAUUUCCAUCGCGAGACGGGUCCCGUCGUACAUUAUGCGGCAUUACGAGAUCGACCGUAUGCUAGAAAAUAUCCAGAAGUUUCGUAUCACGGAGCUGCACCUUGUGCCGCCCAUCAUCGUGGCCAUGACCAAACAUUCUGUGUUGAAGAGUGGCAAGUAUGACAUUAGCAGCGUCACUAAGACUUUCUCGUGCGCAGCACCGUUAGGUCCAGAACCGACUUUUCAGUACGAAUCGCUUUGGCCCAAGGGACACAUGAAUGUUAAGCAGGGCCUUGCGUCCACUGAAUCCUGCUGCAAUACUAUCGGUUGGGAUCCUACACUAACGGCAGUAGCCGGCUCCGUUGGUGAGCCUAUGCCGAACUGUGAGAUUAAGCUGAUGGAUGAUGAAGAGAAUGAGGUUGCACCGGGCCAAAGCGGGGAAAUAUGGUUCCGUGGUCCGAAUAUUAUGAAGGGUUACUGGCAAAACAACAAGGCAACCGGUGAGGCUAUUACCCCAGACGGAUGGCUGAGGACAGGAGAUGUGGCGCGCCAAGAUGAGAAUGGGUGGUAUUAUGUCGAAAUGAUCAAGGUGAAAGGCGUCCAGGUCUGGCCUGCUGAGCUGGAAGCACUCCUUCUCGAUCACCCUGCUGUCAAUGAUGCUGCCGUUUUAGGCGUGAGAAAGGAUGACGAUGAGUACCCUCGUGCCUACGUUGUAGUAGCGCCGGGGGCUUCCGUCUCUGUGGAUGACAUCGCGCAAUUCGUCCACAACAAGGUAUCAACGAUCAAGAGACUCACAGGUGGCGUUGUCUUCACCGACAACAUACCCAAAGCUCCGUCUGGGAAGAUUUUGCGACGAGUUAUCAGAGAUGCUAUCGCGAAGAAUUCGAAAUUGUAA